AUGCCCCGACGCGGUGGCCCGAGUGAGACAUUACAACAGCAAAAGAAGUCACCAGAGCCUCUGAACGACAACCCAUCUACCAUUACUUUGAAUCCGCUGACGGCUGAUGAAUACACCCGUGAGGAAGUUGUGGAGGUUGGUCCAAUGACGGACGGUGAAAUGGCUCUUUGGCCACAGUCAGAGGAUAUCAGCCUAACAGAUCUUAUGGACUUCGAUUCGACGAAUUUUGGUGGAGGCUUUGGUGAUAGUCUUCAUUCGAUUACUAUUGAGACCCCGAACUUCGACCUUUCCACUUCAGACUGGCUGCCGGAUUUCUGCUUUCACAUGUCGUCCCAACGGACCUCUUGGCUAGACCCUGGUCUAUCUGGUCAGAUUCAACCACCAGGGAUCAACUCAGACUCCUCUAUGCGGCUUCUGAAAUGUUGGUUCGACGAAGUAUGUCCGGCAUGGUCCGGCUUCGACUCCAAGUCCAACAUGAAUCGAAAGAUGGCCGAGGAUCUUUGGCAAAGCUCACCCCCCGUCUUCAUUGCUCUCCAAAGCAUGUCAGCCAGCUUCCUUUCGGCACGGUUACCACAAAUGAGGAACUCUGCUAUGAGCCUGCUCAAAACGGCAACCCUGAGUGUUCAAGCAGAGAUACAGGAGCUCAAUGAGAAGAACGCCCUCGAUGCGAUGCCCGCCGGUAUCAUGUUCUCGCUACUCUGCCUUGGGACCACAAUUUGUUGGCUAGAUACUCGUCGGGUGGGUUGGCCGUUUUUGCAAGAAGCGAAGACACUGCUUCGGUGGAGCUCACAGCAACAGUUCGCUACUGAUGCUGACAAGUUGGAUUUCUUCAACAAAAGUCUCGUCUACUGGGAUAUGUUGAUAUCUUUCAUAUAUGACCCAGAACCAGGGACGGAUAUUCACCAAACCAGCGCAAUCGCAUAUACCUUCCAGACAUCUGGGUCCUUGAGUACUUACAGCCAGUCUUCUUACGACGCGGAGCCUCAUCCAUGGACAGGCGUCUCACUCCUAAGCUCGACCCUGUUCAUGGGGUCAAUUCGCCUUUGUCGGGUUUCUCGACGUCGCGCCGCUGAAUUAUCCAGGGGGGCAUCGGGCUCACCUCUCACGGUACCAGAGAUAGAGCAGGCAAAGGAGCUGGAGGUAGAGUUGCUACAACUGCAGCUAUCUCCAAGGCCAUCACUCAACGAUACCGGUGACAAGCGCACACCGAGUAAUCAUCUUUUAUAUGUGGCUGAAGCUUAUCAACUUGCCUCCCUGCUCCAGCUCUACAUACAGUUUCCUGCCUUAUUGGCACCCCAUUCUCAACUGGUGCCGCGAGACCCCAGUGAAGUAGAAACAACAAUGCUAUGGCACAAGCGCAUCGUACCCCUCACCCUUCGGCUCAUAGAAGUGCUUGAGCGAACCCCCUCCGAGUCCGGCAGCUGCGCUAUCCAGCCGCUUUUGUAUGUCUGCGCUGCCACGGGGCUUCGAUACACACCUACCUCACCCCCUGGAACAGAGUCAAACUCCAUCAGUGGCGGCAGUCAGGCCAAGCCAAGACCAAUGGAGAGCAUUCUUGACUACCUGGAACUUCUAAAAGACCCACUCGAACAUUCCAAGGAGGAUAUCGACCCUUUAUCCGUCUCACAGAUGGCCGUUGAUGUGAGUAAAGGGCGAGCCUUUAUUUUGCGACGUCUGAGUGUCUUUAAAGAAUGCUUGCACCCCGGUCCUAUCGGAGUCGCCGAGAAGUUUGCGAAAGAACUGUGGGCUGCCUACGAUGAAGCGCCCAGGUGGAGCAUGGAUGUUUGUUGGAUCAGCCUUAUGGACAAGAAGGACCUCCGAACGAUGUUCGGAUAA